AUGCCGCCCAAGGUUGAGAACAAAAAGCAUUUCCGAAGCAUGGCAGUGACUGACCAGAUCACUCAGUUGAACCUCAGAGCUGAUGCCCUUCUUCAGAAACAUCAUUUGCGCUGCAUCCAGGACAUUCUGAAGGAGAAGCCGGAUUUGAUUUUGGGCGUCGUCAAACACCUGGAGUCAAAAGGCAUCCAACUGCCCAGCUUGGAUUCCUUCAGGAAGCGGAAGUCGGCGAGCUGUGACUCCUUGCCUUCCGAUGGCACUGCAGAGCAGCCUAGCGAGAAGGGCGACGAGGCCUCGGGCACCCCAGCGAAGGUGAGGAAAACCUUCACGGUUCAGGAUGAGAAUCCCGCGAACUGGGUUCCACAUGCCUACACUCGGCUGGACAAUGCACGGGCACCCUUGCUCGAGGCCCUUUGCUCAGCCGUGGAGGACAUCUCGUUGAGCCCCUACAUGCUCAAGGCUUUGAAACCAAAAGGAACUACGGCGACAAGUUACUGCGAGAAGCUUUGUGAGGUGAUCGAGUACGCAUCUUGCUUUGACGCAUCCCAGCCGCUGACGGGCAACAUGCGGCACAUUCCGACCCUGAAGGACACGCUGAAGGCGAUGAGCCAACAGCAUGGCAAUCGGGCCAAGUCUUUGAGAUUGCCACCAGAUUGGGGCAGCAAGGACGGUGUCUACAAGCUCGAAGAAGGCGAAGACGGGCAGCUCAGAGUGCGUCACGUCUUCCGCGACCUCGCCAUCGUGGUGCCGCAGGGGGACCUUUUCUUGACGGAGGACGGCAAGAAUGUGAAGAUGGACGAGCUCGAGGUGCAGAGCAACUUCUCCGAAAAGAAAGCCGUCAUGACAUGGGCCGGCAGUCCAGAGACCAUCCUUUUGGCGGGUCUCCCAUGGCCAGCUUCUGCUGCGGCAGCGGCAGCUGCCGAGACAGAGAACUUCGGUGAGAAGGGCGCUGACGGCGAUGAUGGCGAGGCGGACAAGCCAAAGGUGCGUCGCAAGUUGACCUUCACGGCGGCCCAGCUCGAGGAGACCGAUGCAGAGGGAUCGCCUUCGAAAGCGUGA